AUGCCGUAUUCGGCACGGACACUGAUUGAAGUGAGCCUUCUAGUCGAGCUACGAGGCAUGUUAUUCCAGACCGGUCAUGUCACUCCAAGUAUCGGGCCCGCCAUCGUCAAAACGCUAGAUCUUCUCGCCAAAUCUAACGUGAAGGUCUUUGGAACUAGGUCAAUCAAAGAUCUCGAGCGUCUUGCAGAAGUGAAAGAGAAGGUCCCAGAGUAA